UUUUAAAAUUGCUCCCUUUAAUCUCUCUCCUCCCUCCUUAUGCUUAACAUUUCCUUUCAGAACCUGAGCUGGCUGGAAGAGAAAGAGAAGGAAGUUGUCAGUGCCUUGCGCUACUUUAAGACCAUUGUGGACAAAAUGGCUAUUGAUAAGAAGGUACUGGAGAUGCUUCCAGGGUCUGCCAGCAAGGUGCUGGAGGCCAUCUUACCCCUGGUGCAGAGCGACCCUCGAAUUCAACACAGCUCAGCCCUCUCCUCCUGCUAUAGCCGAGUGUACCAAAGUCUCGCCAACCUCAUUCGUUGGUCUGACCAAGUGAUGCUAGAAGGUGUGAACUCAGAAGAUAAAGAGAUGGUGACAACUGUCAAGGGGGUCAUCAGAGCCGUGCUGGACGGAGUGAAGGAGCUGGUCAGACUUACCAUCGAGAAGCAGGGGCAUCCGUCUCCAACAAGCCCAGUGAAACCCAGUUCCCCAGCCUGCAAACCCGACGGCCAGUCUGAGCUCCCCCUGACAGAUCGAGAGAUGGAGAUUCUAAACAAGACGACCGGCCUGUCGCAGUCGGCCGAGGGGCUCCCAGAUUCCACGGAUGAAGAGGUCGCGCCCCCCAAACCGCCCUUACCUGGCAUUCGUGUGGUUGAUAAUAGUCCUCCACCAGCAUUGCCACCGAAGAAGAGACAGUCGGCUCCAUCCCCCACCCGAGUGGCCGUCGUGGCCCCCAUGAGUCGAGCCACCAGUGGCUCCAGUUUGCCUGUUGGAAUUAAUAGGCAGGAUUUUGACGUGGACUGUUACGCACAGAGACGACUGUCGGGCGGCAGCCACUCAUAUGGCGGCGAGUCGCCCCGCCUGUCCCCCUGCAGCAGCAUAGGCAAGCUCAGCAAGUCGGACGAGCAGCUGUCCUCUCUGGACAGGGACAGCGGGCAGUGCUCCCGGAACACAAGCUGUGAAACGCUAGAUCAUUACGACCCUGACUACGAAUUCCUCCAGCAAGACCUCUCUAACGCAGACCAGAUACCUCAGCAAGUGGCCUGUAACCUCAGCCCGUUGCCAGAGUCCUUGGGGGAGUCUGGGUCUCCAUUUCUUGGCCAUCCUUUCCAGUUGCCUCUGGGCAGCUGUCCCCAGCCAGAGGGGCCCUCGGCCCCAGGGCAGCAGAUGGACGUGCCGCCUGCUCUUCCCGAGAAGAAGCGCAGGAGCGCGGCCUCCCAGACGGCGGACAGCUCUGGCUGCAGGGCGUCCUACGAGCGGCACCCCUCGCAGUACGACAACAUCUCCGAGGAGGACCUGCAGAACCCGGCCUCGGUCCAGUCCGUCCCCUUCACGCCCUUUGCUGCUAUUCUUCCCUAUCAGCAAGGAGGUUCCUCAGCCUCUGUCGAAUUUGUGGGUGAUUUCACUGUUCCUGAGUCAACGGGUGACCCAGAAAAACCUCCUCCUCUCCCAGAGAAGAAAAACAAACACAUGCUGGCCUACAUGCAGCUGCUCGAGGACUACUCGGAGCCGCAGCCCUCCAUGUUCUACCAGACGCCGCAGAAGGAGCACAUCUACCAGCAGAAGAACAAGCUCCUCAUGGAGGUGUACGGCUUCAGCGACUCUUUCAGCGCCGGCGAUGCCCCGCAGGAGCUCGCGCCCCCCCCCGCCCUGCCCCCCAAGCAGCGGCAGCUGGCCUCCUAUGCUGCUGCUUCCUUCUCCUCUGUCUCCUACUGUGUCCAGCAGACUAAAGUGGCCUUCACUCCCGAGGACGGCAGUGCCGCUCCGGGCAUCAGUGUGUCCGUCUCUCACUCCUUUCUCAGCCGGCACGGCAACUUACCUGUGCCCUCGGUGAGUCGCUCCCUGCCGCUCGCCACUGGGAAGCUGGUGAGCUGGUCUCGCCCUUGUCGCUCCUGCCUCCGACGUGUGUGCUGCUGCCCACCGCCGGCUCUCUCGCUCCGCAGGCCCCGCCCCCGGCGGGACAGGGCGCGCGUGGCUGGCUGGCCGCGGCCCGAAGGACCGCGCGAGCGGGUGGGGUGGGGAGCGUGGGCGGCCACCUGGGAGCGUCACCACCCAGCCAGAAGCCGGCAGGGAUGUUUUGGCCUUCUUAUUCCAUUCUCACACCGGGCCUUGGGUCAGCCCUGUAGCGUUCUGCGUUUCAAAAGGAACAGUCCGCCACGUAGGAAGCAAAGCCCUGGAGAGCAGGUGAUACCCGGCAUGACGGAGUUUGAGUUUGAGAGCUGUAUCAGUUGGCUUUUGCUAACUUGCUCCGUAACCCAACACCCCAAAACCUUGUGGCUUAAAACAACGGUAACUGUCUGUCAUUGCCUAGGACACAGCUUAGUAGCUGGACCCCUGCUCAAGCUGCUGCCACCGACACCCGCGGGCAAAGGGCCGCUGCACGCGCUGCUCCUCAGUCCACCGGGGAGAGACCUGGGGACGGCAUCGAGUCUGCAUCCCGUUCUCUUGUCCAUCCCCCAGGCCCCCUGUGGGGGGGGGGGAAGCGGGCCUGGGCUUCUCGCUGGAGCUGCAGCCCGGGGAGGACCCGUUCAGGGGAGCGGCUGUACCACGCAGACCCCACGCACGGGGCCACGCUGCCUCGGCCCCCGGGAGCCGUGGAGCUCAGGGUCUGUUGACACAACACAAACCGUUUCUCUCUCCAGGGCCCCAAAGUCACCGGAUGCUCCAGAGGCUCAGUCGGAGGAGGAAGUAGACGAGCUGUCCCUCAUCGACCACAAUGAGAUCAUGGCAAGGCUGACGCUCAAGCAAGAGGGCGACGACGGACCAGACGUCCGGGGAGGAUCUGGUGACAUCCUACUGGUCCACGCUACUGAGACGGACAGGAAAGAUCUGGUGUUGUACUGCGAGGCCUUCUUGACCACCUACAGGACCUUCAUCACCCCUGAGGAGCUCAUCAAGAAGCUGCAGUACAGGUACGAGAAGUUCUCUCCUUUUGCCGACACGUUCAAGAAGCGCGUCAGCAAGAACACGUUCUUCGUCCUGGUACGGGUGGUGGACGAGCUCUGCCUAGUGGAGUUGACGGAAGAGAUCUUGAAGCUGCUGAUGGAGCUGGUCUUCCGCCUGGUGUGCAACGGGGAGCUCAGUCUGGCCCGUGUGCUCCGGAAGAACAUCCUGGACAAGGUGGACCAGAAGAAGCUGCUCAGGUGUGCCAACUCCGACCAGCCCCUGGCGGCCAGGGGCGUAGCAGCCAGGCCCGGGACCUUGCAUGACUUUCACAGCCAUGAGAUAGCUGAGCAGCUGACACUGCUAGAUGCCGAGCUCUUUUAUAAGAUAGAGAUUCCUGAGGUUUUGCUUUGGGCAAAAGAGCAGAACGAGGAGAAGAGCCCCAACUUGACCCAGUUCACGGAGCACUUCAACAACAUGUCCUACUGGGUCCGGUCAAUCAUCAUGUUACAGGAAAAGGCCCAAGACAGGGAACGGCUGCUCUUGAAGUUCAUCAAGAUCAUGAAGCACUUACGGAAGCUGAACAACUUCAACUCCUACCUGGCCAUCCUCUCAGCGCUGGACUCGGCCCCCAUCCGCAGGCUGGAGUGGCAGAAACAGACCUCAGAGGGCCUGGCGGAGUACUGCACGCUGAUUGACAGCUCAUCCUCCUUCCGCGCCUACCGGGCCGCCCUCUCGGAGGUGGAGCCACCGUGCAUCCCAUACCUGGGGCUCAUCCUGCAGGACCUCACCUUCGUUCACCUGGGAAACCCAGACUAUAUUGACGGGAAGGUGAAUUUUUCCAAACGGUGGCAGCAGUUCAACAUCCUGGACAGCAUGCGGUGCUUCCAGCAGGCGCAUUAUGACAUCCGGAGAAACGACGAUAUCAUAAACUUCUUCAAUGACUUCAGUGACCACCUGGCCGAGGAGGCGCUGUGGGAACUCUCUCUGAAAAUCAAACCCAGGAACAUAACACGGAGGAAAACAGACCGCGAAGAGAAGACCUAGGAGCAGGUGCCGCAAGCGAGGAGAACGCGAGAGGCUCAGAGGGCCGCUCCGAGGCCGGAAGGGACUUUGGACCUGUUACGUGGUGGUGGCACGCGUCCUGGCCUCAGAGCCGCCAGGCCCAUCCAGGCCGCUGCUGUGCCGGGCAGGCGUCCGGAGCCGCAGCAGCUUCCUGCCCCUCCUCUGCAGGAGCAGACCCCCGGGCCGGGGGAGCCAGCGGGCGGUCUCACCGCUGAGCUGUGAACUGGGGGUUUGGGUUUGCUUUCUGCUUUUGCUCCGUCUUCCGCUCUCCCUCUCUCCCCCUCCCCCCCUCCCCCCAAGUCUGGGCGCAGCACAGGGACUUCAGCAGCAGCCCAGGAACGGUGGGAGUCUUCCGACUCGCCUGAGAUGACAGAUGAGUAGAGGCCCCAGGACCCUCGGGGCGGACGCUGCUCUCCCCGUAACCUUCAGUGGGGUGGGCAGGGAGUAGAGGAGACCCGGGGAAGAACUCCUUUCACUUGCCAUGUCCUACUUUUUAAGCGGAGGAUGGUGUGGGCGUCUCACCUGGCCCAGAAGGGUACGGCAGGGGGCCUUUCAGCAGCCCCCGGGGCUGGUGCUCCCGUCGCGGUACUGGCCGCCCUUGCUGGGUCACGAGCAGCAGCCGUGGCUGUCAUGCUUUCGCCCCUUCGCGUCCUCCGCCCCGUCCCACCGGCCCUCCCCAUCCUCUGGCACCGUGGGAGCUGGGAAGCCUGGGAAGCAGCAGCUGGAAAGGAAGGACUUGACCAUCCAAGAAACACACUUUAUCUGAGUUGGGGCCAGUAGCUCUUGGUGAGUUAAUCCAGAGAGAGGGGAGAUGGGAGGGGCAUUUCCGUUGGGGGGAGGGCCGGCAGCCCCCUCCUCCGUCGCUUGCCGUGUGCCUUAAACCCCAUCUCCUAUCCGUCCCGCCCUGCGGGCUCCCCUCCUCCGUUGUGCUGAGCCUGGUGGGCCCAGAGGGGCUCCUCUUUGCUCAUCAGACCUUCCGCCGGCCUGACCGGCUCUCCCGCGGGAAGGACAGGGUGCCCCUGAGAGGCCAGGCGCCCCCUGGGGUUGACGGCCACAGCUCACCUGCCACACGGCAGCGAGACGCAGCGUCUUCGGGAGCAGGUGCUCUUUCCAUCCUCCUCCUUCAAAACCACUCCCGCUGCUGAGGUUGACAAUCUGAGGUGAGGUCUGCAGGGGCUCUCCACACCCACCGGCCUCUGUGCCAGCCAGACGUGGGCCUGCGGGCAGGCUGCCAUCAGAAUCCGGACGGCUGCCCCCAGGCCGCCCGCCUCCUGUUGUGUUCGUUUUACAUAAUUGAGAGCUCACUUCUCCUGGGUUUGGGACUUGGGCAGGCGAACACCAGGCUCAACCCGGGCUUAGCCCAGUUUAAACAGAACAAAAGAAAAGUAGAAAGCAACAUCUGUUAACUGUUUAAAGAAACAGCCACGUCACUUUUUGAGUCCUUCAAGAAGCUGUUUGUUUGUCCUGUGCACCGAGGGGAGGAAUCUGUGAAAUGUCAGUUAUGACCCCUCAGGCGGCGAUCCUGCGGCGGCGGGCGGAACGCGUCACUUUAUUAUUUAAAGAGUGUGUGUAUAGAGUCGCUGGUUAUGAACAAUAUUGUGUGUGGGGUUGGGUUUUAGUUUGUUCCCGCUUUUUUUUUUUUUUAAGUCCUCUCAUUUCAGUCUUUCCCUCCUUCCCAUCUUCCUCCUGGCCUGGCCCUGCUCUGCUGCUGUGUGCAGCCGCUGUGUGCUCAGGGGCAAUGGGCCGUGUGGACUGCGGUUCCCUGGGGCCUCCCUCCAUAGGCGGGCAACUGCCGAGGCCGCGCUUCAGGCUCAGUGUCCCAGCCGCGAGCUGGACGGGGCUCAGGGGCUUCACCGUCCCUGAAUUCAAAACACCCUGCACCCACACCUCCCCUCCUUGCCGGGAGCCCCGGCUCUGAGCCGAGGCACUGGGCAGGCAGUGCAGGUGGACAAGGGGCCGGUGUGGCCAGGUGACCUUGCAUGAGGACAGCAGGUGCAAUGUGUGUUUUAACUUAUUGGCUGACAGGCUUCCCCACCUUGACCUCAUUGAGACACAUUCUGGCUCUGGGAGUUGCCAGCCUGGCUGUGGUUUGUCUGUCUCAGGGGCCAGAUCAGGUGUACGAAUCAGUCUUUACGACAGACACACCCUCGGGAGGAUUCGUUCCCUGCAGAGGCAGUUCUCACCUGCAGGUGUGGGUGGAUCGGGGCAAGGGCAGGCACGUGCCAGGGCUGAACUUAAACCCCGAUUCUGGGCAGUGCCUCCCUCCCAGGGCCCCGCGCCUCCCCAGUGUUACAUUGUAAUAUAUCCCCGACUAACCUGGCUGAUGGUGGCAUCUUCCUGCAGACAUUUCAAACCUGUAACUUUUAUAUGAAAGGAAAAUAAACACAGAUGAAAGCCGUG